UGUGAGGUUGUGCUAGCUGUGCAUUGUGCGCCGCGUGGGUUUCACAUAUUGAUCUCCUUUUUCUCACCAGAGAUCCCACUAUGCGCGGGUUGCAACCAGUACAUUGUGGACCGUUUCAUCCUGAAGGUCCUGGACCGUCACUGGCAUAGCAAGUGCCUGAAAUGCCACGACUGUCAGAUCCAGCUGGCCGAGAAAUGCUUCAGCCGCGGGGAGAGCGUCUACUGCAAAGAUGAUUUUUUUAAGAGGUUCGGGACGAAGUGCGCCGCCUGCCAGCAGGGCAUUCCUCCAACGCAGGUUGUGCGGAGGGCUCAAGAUUUCGUCUACCACCUUCACUGCUUCUCUUGUAUCGUGUGCAAACGACAGCUGGCGACUGGGGAUGAAUUCUACCUCAUGGAAGACAGCCGGCUGGUGUGUAAGGCUGACUACGAGACAGCCAAGCAAAGAGAAGCCGAGUCCACGGCAAAGAGACCUCGCACAACAAUCACAGCCAAACAGCUGGAAACCUUGAAAAAUGCUUACAACAACUCACCGAAGCCAGCGCGGCACGUGCGGGAACAGCUGUCUUCCGAGACAGGCCUGGAUAUGAGAGUGGUUCAGGUUUGGUUCCAGAAUAGAAGAGCCAAAGAAAAACGUCUUAAAAAAGAUGCCGGCCGACAAAGAUGGGGACAAUAUUUCAGAAACAUGAAACGCUCAAGAGGGAAUUCCAAAUCAGACAAGGACAGCAUCCAGGAAGAAGGGCCAGACAGUGACGCUGAGGUGUCUUUCACAGACGAACCUUCGAUGUCAGAAAUAAGUCACACUAACGGCAUCUACAGCAACCUCGGAGGAAGCUCCCCUGCCUUGGGGAGACCGGCCGGGACCAACGGCAGCUUUUCCUUGGACGACAGCAGCAUCCCGCCCCAGGACCGGUACCAAGACCUCCGGUCCAACAGCCCUUACGGGAUGCCUCCGUCUCCCACCUCCCUGCAAGCGUUGCCUGGACACCCGCCUUUAAUGUCCACCUUGGUUUACCCAGACAGUGGCUUGGGCCUCGUGAGCCAAGUCGGACCCGCCAUGCCUCAACCCAUGAGAGGACUAGCCGGGAAUGGACCCAAUUUGGAGCUUUCUUCGGGAAGCAGCGGGGGCUAUCCGGAUUUCCCCGCUAGCCCUGCCUCGUGGUUAGAUGAAGUCGAUCACGCGCAGUUUUGAUACGGACAAGAAAACGCGGGCCGUGGACGACCACACCGCCUCUGGAAAUGGAGGACCGAGGCUCCGUGGUGCAAUUUAGGGGAGGCUAAGGAAAGAGCAAAGAGACUCCCACCAAACAACGCUGGACAUCUGAUUCUUUUCACACA